AUGGGAGUUGAAUGUAAUGAGGAAAGAGUAGGUGUAGAAUCUCUUGCUAUGGAUGCAAGAAGUGGAAGCCUAUUGGAAGACGAUGGGAGUUUAGCUUUUGUAAAGAAAUCUAGUCUCCGGCAAACAAUUGAAUCUAUGGAUGUCUUCCAAACUGUGCCCCAAAACCUUUGGCUGAAAACAGAGAGGGAUGGGCAAUUGGUAUCAUGCUUAUGGUCUUUGGCGUCAGGUAACAGGAGUCACGAUGAUGGCUUGAGGACGAUCAAGACUGCAACUGUUGAGAUAAAUGGUGAUGGAUUUGUUGCUUCUGGUGACACUUUCCAGAAUGUUGCUGGACCAGAAAAGAAACAGGCAGUGGCAUUGUUAACUAAAGCCAAUUACGUGGCAUUUUACAAGUCUGUGUUCCAACGUUGCAACAUAUUCGCUCGGAAGCCACUAGAGGGACAAUCAAACACCGUGACGGCCGAAGGAAGAAACGUUUCGACCACACCAGGAGGCUUCGUGAUCCAGAACUGCAUGAUUAGAGCAACUUCAGAAUUGAUUGCAUCUGAGUAUCCUGUAGAAACAUACUUAGGAGUAUCGAUCCUCGAGGAUGGAUGGAGUAUGAUAACAGAAGCUCGGGCUUACGCCGAAUAUGAUAACAGAGUCCUGAAAUUUAUCAAUGGGGACACGUGGAUUCCACCAACUGGAGCUCCAUAUAAUCCGAAUCUCGAUGAUGACGCAUGGAUUCCAGUUACUGUAAGUCCAUAUGAUGCAAAUAUCAUAAACUGA